AUGAGUCGUCUUAGCUUUGAUCAGGAGAAGGAGCUGAUACAGUACUUUCGUGACCAUCCAUCACUGUGGAAUACCAAGGACAAAGACUAUAACAAUCGCAUGUUAAGGACGACAAAGCUGGAAAACAUUGCGAAAGGUCUUAACUUGACCAGGAAAGAUGUUUACGAAAAAUAUCGAAACUUGCGAACGACUUUUUUUCGUGAACAUAAACGAGUCACACAAUCGACGGCUCAACGCCCUGGAGAUCCUCCUGAUCAGCCAUCAGCGAGCGGCUAUGUCUCCAAGUGGCGCCACUACCAGAACAUGCUCUUUCUUGCGAACGUAGACCGAAUUAAGCUAGAGUCAGACGGCAAUGGCCACCACAAUGAGGACUCCUCUUCAACUGAUCCCAUUGCAUCCCUGUCCACACAUGGUCUCAACAAUGGCCACGAAAUCGAGCUUGUCGAUGGAAGCGGAGGCAGAGGCACUUCUAAGUUGAUUGCCUACACUACGGCAGCCACCACUCGUCCGCAGUUGAUGGACACUUCCGAGCUCGAAGGCGUCAGUCAUGGAGCUCUGCUCUCCAGUCUUUCCUCCUGUAACACUUCAACGGGUUCAAUUGUCAACCAUCACCUGAACAGCCACCAAAAUGAAGAAAAUGUGAUUUUAAUAAACUCUUCUGACGGCAAUGCGACUGCUGUAAAUGGUGGCACAAUUCUGACACACCCCAACGGAGCAAAGUGUCCUGAGCUGCGAGAUGUCAUCAAGCAGGUUGUAGUGGAAACAAUUGGCGAGUUGGAGGACGAAGAAAUGUCCUUCUGUCGCAGUUUGGCUGCAUCACUACGAACACUGGAACGCUCACAAAAGGAGCUGGCAAAGCUGGAACUGCAGCAAGUGAUUGUUCAGCACACCAACCCACAUUACGGCAAAAGUAACACCGGCUCUUUGACUGCUGAAGAAGGUCGAUUUGGAGGGAGUAGCACUUUACUUCGCUCCAAUUCCAAUGGUGAGCGCAAUGGCAAUGGCGAUUCGACCAACACCGUAGCCACUAUCACCAAAAGUGGCACAAUUGCUUCAAAUAGUGAGAAAUCUGCACCUUGCGAAAACAGUACAAAUAACAAACUGGACAAUGGUCAGACCACGAUUG